AAACUGUUCAACACAUUUCAAUCUACUAAUCAAUUAUGGGUACCGUACUUCAAAAGAGAGCUGCUAGACGCACAAAGAAGAAUACAAGAAGAACAGCCGAUAGACAUAAAAAAAGAGUGACUAUAGUUGGCAAUCCCAUUAUCAAGAAAAAUUGGGACAAAAAGUUGACAGUGAAACAAAAUUAUGAAAAGUUGGGCUUAUUGACAGAAUUAAAUGGUUCUACAGGCGGUAAAGAAAAACUUAAUCCGGACAAUAAGGAUAAAACAGAAGAAAGUGAGGAUAUGGAAGACGACGCCACACCGAUGAAAGCGCUUGUGGACUUAACAGAUGCUGAAGUCGAAGAAUUGAAGAAAAAGCUUGCACCUGGAGAAGGUUUGAUUCAACGUGAUGAAGAAGGAAAUAUUUUACGAGUGAUUGUUGGUGAGAAGAAAUCGCACGAUGAUAUUUUGGAUGAAGAGAUUGCACCGGUUGAGGCAAAAACCGACGUUGUGCGACAAUUAGAGGAGCAAGCAGCCAAUGCAUUUCACCAUGAAAAGUAUCAAUCAGAGUUCCAAACCGACUGGAUUCAGAAACUGAUCAAUAAGCAUGGUGAUGACUACAAAGCCAUGUUCUGGGACAAAGAACUGAACAUAUACCAAAAUACAGCAGCGCAAUUAAAAAAGAAAUGUCAGCAAUAUUUGAAAAAGUAGUAGCUAUAAAAAUUGAUGGAAUGAAUAAAGAAU